ACCAGGCUGUCCCUCUACUCAUUGUAUGGAUUCACGACAGGUGAUCAUUCCUACUCGCGGGAGCCCGCGAGAGUGUUGCUCAAGCUGAAAUAGCUGUCAACCACGAAUCCGGCUACAUCACUUCCUGUGUGUCCAAACUAGAAGAGGAAGGCCCCAGCAGUUACCAUGGUUACACAGAUGUUUCAGAACACGUAGGAAAACAGAUAAAGAAACAGUUGCUGCGACCACGUCAGCGACAGGAAGCCUGCUAAAACCGUUGUGCUUCUCAGUAGUGGUUUGUGGGGCCAGUUUCACUGGGGCAAUGGUCUGGCAGUAUGAGACUCUCCGCUACUAUGCCAGGCGGCUUCAUAAUGAUGGGAACAGAAAGAACUUAGAUGCAGCACUGGCAAAGAGUUUUGGAUUCCGAGCUCAUCUCAACUCUAUCUGGACUAACUUCAGCCCUGGUCAGAAAGUUGUAUUGGGUGUGGUUGCAUCCAAUAUCGGUGUGUUCCUACUCUGGAGGAUCCCAUCUCUAACUCCCAUACUGAUGAAAUACUUUUCUUCUGCUCCAGGUAGACCCCUUCCCUCUAUGAUACUGAGUGCAUUCAGCCACUUCAGCUUCCUGCAUCUUGCAGCCAAUAUGUAUGUGCUGUGGUCAUUUUCAUCUAUCUCACUUGACCUAUUUGGGAAGGAGCAACUGUCAGCCGUCUACCUGAGUGCAGCUGCAGUGUCUUCUUUUGCAAGCACUGUUCACAAAGUCCUAAGAGGUCGACCAGUUCCAUCUCUUGGAGCAUCUGGAGCAUUGAUGGCAGUUCUGGGAGCUGUUUGUAUCUCCUACCCUGAUGCCAGGCUCAGUAUCGCAUUCCUCGGGGAGAUUGUGCCUCACUCAUUCUCAGCUAGUAAUGCAUUAACUGGAGUAAUCGUCCUUGACGUUGUUGGACUUCUCUUGGGCUGGCGCAUGUUCGACCAUGCUGCUCAUCUGGGAGGAAUGUUGUUUGGAUUGUGGUACACAAACUAUGGCAGGGAAGUUGUGUGGAGGAGAAGACAAGCUGUGAUGAAAUUCUGGCAUGACAUGCGAGGAAAACCUUGAUGAACACUCCACUAGGUUACUGCUGUGUGUGAUAUAUUAUGUACAAAAGGUGUAACAAACAGCUGGGAACAAGUGAAAUGUUGCACCAAUAAAGGACAUUAUUUCAAAA